CAGUGUAAAGCAACCUCAUUUAUUGCCAGAGUAACGUGAUGAAGUUGGACCCCGCCACCUUGGAAGACUUCCAUUGGCUAGACUUACCAAAGUCAUCGCCAUUCUAUUUCCUUUCGGUGCCGAGGAAAACGCAAACAAAUCCGAUAAAGACAGCGAAAGAGCAUCGCAAUUCUCCAGCCUUUGCCGCUUUUUUGAAUCCCACAUUAGAUUCAGAAAGGAUCCACAUCUCGCUGCAAUUAAACCCGGUGGAGAUUUGAGCACCUGAAGGAGAAUGAAGAGAAAGAGGGAUUCCCCAGAUGCAGUGACCAUGUCUGCCUGUGUCGAUGAUGGCAAUUUGUCUUUAGGGACUGAAUUCGAGGUGUUUUUGAGUUUCAGAGGCCCGGAUACUCGCCUCAAUUUCACCGAUUGUCUCUAUCACUCCUUAGUCAAAGCUGGGGUUCGUGUUUUCAGAGAUGAUGAAGAGAUCCGAAAGGGCAAAAAGAUUGAAGGUGAACUUUUGCAUGCCAUUGAAUCCUCCAAAAUAUACUUGCCCAUCUUCUCUAGGAACUAUGCAUCCAGUAAGUGGUGUCUUCGUGAGCACGCACAUGCUAGAGUCCUCGAGCAAAGCGAAUGACAAAGUGAUCCUACCCAUUUUUUAUGACGUAAACCCUGAUGAUGUAAAGCUUAAAACUCAAUUGUACCUCAAUGCUCUAAAGGAACAACAGAAGAAGUUCAGCCACGAUGAGGUUUGGCAAUGGAGGGAAGCUUUGACCGAGGUCGCAAGAAUCAAGGGAUGGGACAUGAAGGACAAAAGCCAUGGUGAAAUCAUCAACACUAUUGUUGAUGAGGUUUUGACCAAGCUAAUGAAAAGAAUGCGAAAUCUGCCUAAUCAUUUAGUUGGGAUUCAUGAUCAUGUUGAAGCUAUCAUGGACAUGUUAAACAAAGGUUCUUGUGAUGUUCGUUACCUGGUCAUCCAUGGAAUGGGUGGUAUCGGUAAGACAACUCUUGCAAGUGUUGUCUUUAAUAAAAUCUCCAAUCAAUUUCAAGGUUGUAGCUUCCUUUUGGACAUUCGCGAAUCUAUGCAACAGGGUAGAAUUGUUGACUUACAAAAACAGUUGUUAUCAGAGAUUCUCCAAGGUGGAUCUCUAGGGAUCCACAAUUCUGUUGAUGUAGGGAUUAACACAAUUAGAGAAAGAUUUCAUCGUAAGAAAGUUCUCCUUGUUCUCGAUGACGUGGAUAAUAGGGAUCAACUCUCUAAGCUAGCUGGAAAGAGUGAUUGGUUUGGUCCAGGAAGUAGAAUCAUCAUUACAACGAGGGACAUCAACUUUUUGCCAAUCAAAGGGAAGGACAAAGAGAGUAGUUUCCAAGCACAUUCUCAAGAGUUUCAAAUCUAUAAAAUGACAGAAAUGGAUUUUUUCCAUGCUCUUCAACUUUUUAGUAAACAAGCCUUCAGGAUAGAUUUACCACCACAUGACUUUGUUGAUAUCUCAAGGCAAAUUACGACCAAAACGGGUGGACUUCCUUUAGCUCUUGAGGUUAUCGGUGCCUCACUUUAUGGCGAGAGCAAAAAGUUCUGGAAAGGCACUUUGCAGAAGUUAGAGUUGGUGCCCAACCAGGAAGUCUUCAACAAAUUAAAGAUCAGUUAUGACAUGUUGGAGCCUCACAGAGAGAGAUCUUUCUUGAUAUUGCGUGUUUCUUCAUUGGAGAAGAUAGACUCCACCCGUGCUAUAUGUGGAAAGCUUCCAACUAUUUUCCAACAAGGGAACUACCUGUCCUUGACUCACAAAGUCAUAGCACUUAGAUUAACAAGACUUUGCGAAGAGCACAGUUUCACAAGUGAAGAAUUUUCAAAGCUGCUCAAUCUAAGAUAUUUGGAAUUAGAGUGCAAGAACUUGGUAGGGGACUUUAAGAAUCUUCUCUCCAAGUUAACAUGGCUCUCUUGGAGUAAUUGCUCGUCGGAACUAAACGCGACGAAUUUGCGUCUCGAGAAAUUAGCCGUGCUCAAGCUUUCGGGAAUUAACAUUACUGAAGAUUUGGCUGGAUGGGGGUCAUGUCUGAUGAGUGAGAACUUGAAAGUUAUAGAAAUUAAUUUUGACCCAGGCUUAAAGAGGACUCCUGACUUCUCAAAAUGUUUGAAUUUGAAGAGAUUGGUUAUUCGACAAAGGACAAACUUGCUAGUGGUUGAUGGCUCUCUCUCUAAACUAGAGCACCUGAAGCACUUGGAAAUCAUCUCUUACGGAUCCUCGAAGAGAGAUGAUUGCGACCUUGGUCUAGUGUCUUUUGUAUUCGGUAGUCUAAAACCACUGUCAAAUUUGCAAAUAAGAGGGAUGCACUUGCGAGAACUUCAUCAUUCCAUUGGAGGAGUGACACGACUAAAGUAUUUGUCUUUAGAUGAUUGUUCUUUGCUUAGAACACUUCCAGACUCCAUUGGAAAUCUUAAAAUGUUGAGGACGAUGAGUCUUAGAGGAACUUCAAUAAAGAAGCUACCGAACACAAUAGGAAAAUUAGAAUCUUUGCUUGAGCUAUGUUUGGACCAGACAAAAAUAAAAAAAUUACCUGUUUCUAUUGAGAAUCUUAAAAAGUUGAGGUACAUGGGCCUUGAUCACACUCCUAUAAAGAAGCUACUGAACCAAAUAGGAGGGCUGGAGUCUUUGUUAAGGCUAAGUUUACAAGGCACGGAUAUCACAAAAUUACCUGCUUCUAUUGGAAAUCUUGAACAGUUGAGCUUCUUAUGUCUAGACAAAUGUGCAAUCAGAGAGCUAACAAAGGCCAUAGGAAUGCUAAAGAAUCUUGAAAUUUUGUAUGUGAGUUCUUGUGAAAAUAUGGAGGAAGCAAUUCCAAGUGAAAUUGGGGAUCUAUCUUUUUUAAGGGCCCUACAUUUGACAAAGAACAAGAUUAAGAGAUUGCCCACGACUAUGAGUAAGCUUUCUCAUCUCCAAACUCUUCGUUUGGAUCAAUGUGAUGAACUUGAACAGUUGCCAGAGCUCCCUGUGAGUUUGAAGGAGUUAAAGAUCUCAUCUCAUUUAUUGUGGACAGCCCUUGACCUAUCAUACCUGACUAACUUAGCCAAUCUUCAUAUAUGGGGCGAUACUCCUAGGUUGUCGGAAUUCAAACAAGGAGUUCCAAAGAUAGAGUGGAUCGAAGGAUUAUCUAAUCUAGAGAGAUUAACAAUUGUUGUUGGAGAUUUCACAUUUCCUCCGAUUAAUUUGGCUACUCUUUCGCAGCUUCAGAUUCUUGAGAUAACUUGUGUUGACACGCGAUCUCUAAUGGGGCUUCCAUCCAAUCUUGGACAAUUGACUAUAUAUGAUUUGAAGUCACCUAUGGGAAGGUCACUCUUUUCCAAUUUGACAAAUCUGCUCAAUUUGUGCCUUGUUAAUUGUCGGCUGAGGGAAGUCGAAUUCGAUGAUGUGCUUGGACAACAAUUGAAGAAACUCCGUAGUUUGCAAUUGACGAAAACUACAAUGCUUGAGAGGCUUUUGGUAUCGAGACUAGAGGGGCUCCAAACGUUGAUAAUGGAUGUUUGCCAUGGGCUGACGGAGAUUCGAGGUCUGGAGAAAUUGGAAUCAUUAGAGGGAUUAUUUUUUUUGGAAUGCGAUUCCUUGAAAGAGUUGCCUGAUUUAUCAAAAUUGAAGAAGUUGCUUUAUAUGGGUGUGCCGGAUAAUUUUCCGGAAAAGUUGGUUUAUCCACGUCUUCCAAACACGUGGGAAGAAGGCCAGAUUUCAUGUCAGCGGUUUUACCCAAAGUCAAAAGUUUACAUCAUUAACCGCCAUUUUUAAAAAAAUUUGGGACCG